CAGUUCAAGAUUUCAGUUCAGUUCAGGUUCAACUGUAGACAUUAGUAAACUCAAUAGGACAUGGAUUUUGCUAUGCCUAUCUAUCCCCAGUGAAGAAUUAAUGGUUACCACAAAGAACACGCCAGUAUGGAUAUUGCGCCCGAAUUUCCCGCCUGGCCAUUUGAACUGCUGGAGUUGUGGCAUGAGAAUCGAUUAAACCUUCUCGCUGCAAUCGUGAUAGUUGGCCUUGCUGUGCGCCUAAUAUCCUGGAAACGGGAGACGAUAAAGGAGACUCGGCCGAAGGAGACCACUCAGUUGCACAAUGAGAAGAUCAGCUCUGGAGAAACAUCACGGCGUGUCUUGGAAAACCGGCUCCCAAAAAGAGUGACUGGUGUGAGACAGAGCAAGCCAGCAAGAGAUGCGAGCAUAACGGGCAUCCGUGCAAUACAAUUGCAUGUCUUCUACUUCUCCUUGACGACUACCACGGAGAAAACUGCGAAAAGGGUCCAGCAGGAACUAGAUGAAUGGAGUGGAAAGCCGUCCUCGGCGGGCGGUCCCGAUUGCGAUGUAUCAGUGGUUCUAUAUGACCUCUCUGAGAUUGAGUACGACGACUUCUUCGUUUCUCCGCCCCGUCAUACAGAGUCGACGACGAAGUCAUUCUACCUGAUGCUUAUCCCCAGCUACAAUAUCGACACCGUCAUGGAUACGUUCAUUGAGCAGCUAAAGGAAACUCACCACGACUUCCGAAUUGAUACCGCUUCUUUGUCCGGCCUGCUUGGGUACAGCGUGUUUGGCAUCGGCGAUAGAGAAGGGUGGCCAACAGAAUCGGAAGGAUUCUGUUGUCAGGCCAUUGAAGUGGAUAAAUGGCUUGCCAGGCUCACUGGCCAGAAGCGCGCGUACCCGAUGGGUUUAGGCGAUGCGAAGAGCGAUGCUACGGAAAGGCUGCAGGAAUGGGUACAAGGAAUCGAACGGGCUGUACGGGACAUCUUCCUUGCGGGAGGACUUGGAGAAGGUGUGUCUGGCAGUGGAGAAGCUCUGGAAAGUGGUGACGAGGAUGAUGAAAUUAUGGAUCCAAAGAAAAACCCUUCAAAAAGAAGACGCGCCGAACGGAUCGAUGAUAUGGAGGACCUGGAUCGAAUGAUUCAGAAAGAUGCAAGCGAUGAUGCACCGUUGGCGAUCGACUUCACUACAUAUGGCAAGUCCAAACCGGGACCGCCUAUUGUGGAACGAAAAGAGAUGGUCCCGAAGUCAUCUCCAACAUAUGCAGCCCUAACGAAGCAGGGCUACACAAUUGUGGGAUCGCACUCAGGGGUAAAAAUCUGCCGUUGGACAAAAUCCGCCCUCCGAGGUAGAGGAUCAUGCUACAAGUACUCCUUUUACGGAAUCAAGUCGCAUCUAUGCAUGGAGACCACGCCCGCGCUCUCAUGCAGCAAUAAAUGCGUCUUCUGCUGGCGACAUGGCACCAAUCCCGUCGGUACCACAUGGCGAUGGAAAAUCGAUCCGCCCGAACUGAUCUUCGAGGGGGUGAAAGCAGGGCAUUAUAAGAAGAUGAAAAUGAUGAAAGGCGUACCGGGAGUGCGUGCUGAACGGUUCGAGGAAUCCAUGCGAAUACGACACUGUGCCCUCAGUCUCGUCGGCGAGCCGAUAUUCUAUCCACACAUUAACGAGUUCACUGCAAUGCUUCAUAAAGAGCAUAUUUCAUCCUUCCUCGUUUGCAAUGCGCAACAUCCCGACGAACUGGCCGCUCUCAAGCCCAUCACCCAGCUUUACGUAUCCAUCGACGCAUCGAAUAAAGAGAGUCUGCGAAAAGUUGACCGUCCGCUUCACCGGGACUUCUGGGAACGCCUAAUGCGAUGCCUGGACAUCCUCCGAGAGAGGAGGUUCCGACAGCGGACGGUUUUUCGCCUGACGUUGGUGAAGGGAUUCAACAUCGAAGACGAAGCGGAAGGAUACGCCGAUCUGGUCGAGAAAGGGCUGCCAUGCUUCGUGGAAAUCAAAGGCGUCACGUACUGUGGAACCUCGACGUCCGCUUCAGCUGGAUUGACAAUGCAAAACGUGCCGUUCUACGAAGAGGUCACGGAAUUCGUCGUUCAGUUGAAUGCGGCUUUGGAACGCCGAGGUCUGAAGUACGGGAUAGCUGCGGAACAUGCGCACAGCUGCUGCGUUCUUCUCGCCAGUACACGAUUUCAUAUCGAUGGAAAAUGGCAUUCAACGAUCGACUACGACAAAUUCUUCGAAUGCCUCGAAAGUGGUAAGGAGUUCGGGCCGGAAGACUACAUUGGUCCUCCAACGCCAGAGUGGGCAACCUGGGGCAACGGAGGUUUCAAUCCAGAGGACACGCGAGUGUUCAGGAAGGGAAAGAACAAGACCAUUCAGCAAACAGUGGAAAUUUGAAUGCAUUUCUAGUUUGUAAUUACUGUAGCGCUUUAUAUUGAACCGCUGUGUGAAAUGGGUAUCGGAACCAUCGUCAUAAUUCAUAUGGCAAUUCAGG